GCGAGCGUGCCCCGGCGUUGGAUCCUCGGUAGCCCGUGUGAGAGAGGAGCUGCUGUUGCGAGCCGGGUCGCUUCUUCUCUGCGCAACCAUGCAGGUCUCCAGCCUCAACGAGGUGAAGAUUUACAGUCUCAGCUGCGGCAAGUCCCUUCCUGAGUGGCUUUCAGACAGGAAAAAGAGAGCAUUGCAGAAGAAAGAUGUUGAUGUCCGAAGGAGGAUUGAGCUCAUUCAAGACUUCGAAAUGCCAACUGUCUGCACCACAAUCAAGGUGUCCAAAGAUGGGCAGUACAUCCUUGCCACGGGAACAUAUAAGCCUCGAGUUCGCUGUUACGACACCUACCAGUUAUCCUUGAAGUUUGAAAGGUGUUUAGAUUCAGAAGUUGUCACCUUUGAAAUUUUAUCUGAUGAUUAUUCAAAGAUUGUGUUCUUGCAUAAUGAUCGGUACAUUGAAUUCCACUCACAAUCGGGCUUUUAUUAUAAAACCAGAAUACCCAAAUUUGGAAGGGAUUUCUCCUACCACUACCCAUCCUGUGACCUGUACUUCGUUGGUGCAAGCUCUGAAGUUUACAGACUCAACCUGGAACAAGGACGCUACCUGAACCCCCUGCAGACGGACGCCGCGGAGAAUAAUGUCUGCGACAUAAACCCUGUGCAUGGCUUGUUUGCCACAGGAACAGUCGAGGGUCGAGUGGAGUGCUGGGACCCACGAACCCGGAGCAGAGUCGGUUUGCUAGACUGCGCGUUAAGCAGCGUUACAGCUGAUUCAGAGGUCAGCAGCCUGCCAACCAUCUCUGCCCUGAAAUUCAAUGGUGGCCUGGCCAUGGCGGUGGGCACAUCCACAGGGCAGGUUUUGUUAUAUGAUCUUCGAUCCAAUAAACCAUUGCUAGUUAAGGAUCACUAUUACGGGCUACCCAUUAAGUCUGUCCACUUCCAGGAUGCUUUAGAUUUGAUUUUGUCUGCAGACUCUCGCAUUGUCAAAAUGUGGAAUAAGAAUUCAGGGAAAAUAUUUACCUCUUUGGAGCCAGAGCACGACCUCAAUGAUGUUUGCCUCUACCCAGGCUCAGGAAUGCUCCUCACUGCCAAUGAGGCCCCCAAGAUGGGCAUCUAUUACGUCCCGGUGCUAGGCCCCGCGCCCCGCUGGUGCUCUUUCCUGGACAACCUGACAGAAGAAUUAGAAGAAAAUCCAGAGAGCACAGUGUAUGACGAUUACAAAUUUGUCACCAAGAAGGACCUUGAAAAUUUAGGGCUUACACACCUCAUCGGCUCACCCUUCCUGCGGGCCUACAUGCAUGGGUUUUUCAUGGACAUCAGGCUCUAUCACAAGGUCAAACUGAUGGUCAACCCAUUUGCCUAUGAAGAGUACAGGAGAGAUAAAAUUCGGCAGAAGAUAGAAGAGACACGUGCGCAGCGGGUCCAGUUAAAGAAAUUGCCAAAAGUUAACAAGGAACUGGCUCUCAAAUUAAUGGAGGAAGAAGAAGAGAAACAAAGGUCGGCAUGGAAAAAGAAAGCAAAGAGCCUUCCUAAUAUUCUCACUGAUGAUCGAUUUAAAGUUAUGUUUGAGAACCCUGACUUCCAAGUAGAUGAAGAAAGUGAAGAAUUCAGACUUUUGAAUCCACUUGUUUCAAAAAUCAGUGAAAAAAGGAAAAAGAAAUUGCAACUCUUAGAACAACAAGAACUUCCUGAAAAAGAAGAGGAGGAAGAGCCGGAAGGCAGGCCGAGCGACGCAGAGAGCUCGGCCAGCUCCGACGAUGAGAAGGCCUGGGUGGCUGAGGUCCGCAAGCAGCGGAGGCUGCUGCAGCAGGAGGAGCGGGCACGGCGGCAGGAACAGCGGCGGGAGGACCAGCAGGCCGUCCUGAAGCCCCAGUUCUAUGAGAUCAAGGCAGGGGAGGAGUUCCGCAGCUUCCAGGAGUCAGCUGCCAAGCAAAAGCUGAUGAACAAAACCCUUGAGGAUCGGUUGAAACUGGAAGCCAAACAUGGAACAUUGAGUGUGGCUGACACCAGCGUGGGCAGCAAGCAGCUGACAUUCACUCUGAAGAAGUCUGAGCAACAGAAACAGAGGCAGGAAGCUGAGAAGCGGCACCGGCUAGAGAGGUGGCAGCUGCGUCGUUCUGCCGGCCACCUGCGCUCCCGGCGUGGCCGAGGCCGCCCAUUCCCCUGAGCAGACGGAUGGAUGGACGGAGGACUGAAGGCAGAUGGACACAUGGGCAGGUGCUUGCUGGGCACCAGUGCCCAGCACCUUCUCCAUGCUGUCACCUGCUGCUGUUUCAGUAAUGCACAAAAGUCACUGAGCUGAAGGCUCAUCCCACACCAGGGACACACUUGUACUCUGACCCUUCUUGUGGUACCUGCUACUGUCCCCACAGAGCUGCCGGGGACACCUGCCACUCCAGGUUCCCACCCAGGAUGCUGGGGCAUCGUCUCGGGCUCACUUGCCCCUUAUUUUGGGGUGUUCUAGAACUAUUCUUAUACCAGCCGUGCAAAUUAAUGGUUAUAGCAGUAAAAGAGAAGUGGGAGCGACAGCUUAUUCCUUCCACUUGGCAGGAGAUUAAAUAGGCUUUUUCAGUGGAGGUGCAAUUAGAGAGAAACUCGCUGGCGGAGACGUUCAUAAAAUAAAUACUUUCAUUUCAACGA